AUGACCAUAGGUGAGGAUUGGGACGGAGAUGGAAAAUUAGCAUCUCCAGGUUUCCUCCAGGUGCUCCCACAUGUUCUCCCUGUGUCAGCGUGGGUUUCCUCCAGGUGCUCUGACAUGUUCUCCCCGUGUCAGCGUGGGUUUCCUCCAGGUGCUCCCACAUGUUCUCCCCGUGUCAGCGUGGGUUUCCUCCAGGUGCUCCCACAUGUUCUCCCUGUGUCAGCGUGGGUUUCCUCCAGGUGCUCCGACAUGUUCUCCCUGUGUCAGCGUGGGUUUCCUCCAGGUGCUCUGAUAUGUUCUCCCUGUGUCAGCGUGGGUUUCCUCCAGGUGCUCCGACAUGUUCUCCCUGUGUCAGCGUGGGUUUCCUCCAGGUGCUCUGACAUGUUCUCCCUGUGUCAGCGUGGGUUUCCUCCAGGUGCUCUGACAUGUUCUCCCCGUGUCAGCGUGGGUUUCCUCCAGGUGCUCUGACAUGUUCUCCCCGUGUCAGCGUGGGUUUCCUCCAGGUGCUCUGACAUGUUCUCCCGGUGUCAGCGUGGGUUUCCUCCAGGUGCUCUGACAUGUUCUCCCCGUGUCAGCGUGGGUUUCCUCCAGGUGCUCCAGCUUCCUCCCACAGUCCAAAGACAUGCAGGUUAAUUGGUGACUCUAAAUUGUCCGUAGGUGUGAAUGUGAGUGUGAAUGGUUGUCUGUCUCUAUGUGUCAGCCCCGUGAUAGUCUGGUGACAAUUUAGAGGAAACCGGAGCACCCUGAAGAAACCCACGCUGACAUGGGGAGAACAUGCAAACUCUGCAUGGAGGGGCUCCCCCAACCUUGGGUUCAAACCAGGAACCCUCCUGCAGUGAAGUGACAAUGCUAACCACUGUAAACAGCUGGAGUUUAUGUUAUAAUAUAUACUAAUAUAUAUUAUAAUAUGACAAUAAGAAUAAAUCUAAUACUACAACAGCCAGAGUUUUUGUAAUAUUAUACAGUCAUUGGCCACUUUAUUAGGUACACCUGUUCAACUGCUUAUUAAUGGAAAUAGCCAAUCAGGUGUCAGCAGCUUAUUAACAUUUAGUCAUGUAGACAUGGUGAAGAUGAGCUGCUGAAAUUCAAACGGAGCAUCAGAAUGAUGAAGAAAGGUGAUUUAAGUGACUUUGAACGUGGCAUGGUUGUUGAUGCCAGAGGUCAGAGGAGAAUGGCCAGACUGGUUCAAGAUGAUAGAAAGGCAACAGGAAGUCAAAUAACCACUGGUUAUAACCAAGGUAACCAACCAGGUACAAGCAAGGUGUACCUAAUAAAGUGGCUGCUGAGUGUAUAUUAAUAGAUAUUAAUAUAAGAAUAGUAAUCUAACAGUAUAACAGCUGUGAGAAUGAAUCUGAUGUUACUUUAAUUAAUAUAAAGUAUUUGUCAGA